GGCUUUCAUCUCUUCAGUUUAAAAUUCUGAAUGUUCCAGUCAGUAAUGUUUCUGAAUGUCUCACCGAAGGGGCCAAAAAACCUUUUGAAGCUAUAUAUGUAUCGUCUUCAAAGACCAAUGAGAAUGGGAAAUGUGAUACUUUAGUUGUUGUCCUCCAUGGAGGCCCUCAUACAGUUGCACCAUGCAGCUUCUCCAAGCAGUUGGCAUAUCUCUCCUCAAUUGGAUACAGUCUGCUUAUUGUAAAUUACAGGGGUUCGUUGGGAUUUGGGGAAGAUGCUUUGCAGUCUGUACCUGGAAAAAUUGGGUCACAGGACGUGUACGAUGUGCUCUCAGCGGUAGAUCAUGCCAUUGAAAUGGGACUUGCAGACCCUUCUAGAAUAACCGUGCUAGGUGGUUCUCAUGGUGGGUUUCUGACAACACACUUGAUUGGCCAGGCUCCGGAUAAGUUUGUGGCAGCAGCUGCGAGGAAUCCUGUAUGCAACAUUGCAUCAAUGGUUGGGAUUACGGAUAUACCUGAUUGGUGUUUCUUUGAAGCUUAUGGUGACCAGACUCACUACACAGAAGCCCCCUCACCUGAAGACAUGUCUCUGUUUCAUCAGAUAUCUCCUAUAUCACACAUCUCAAAGGUGAAAACACCCACUCUGUUUCUUUUGGGAACUAUGGAUCUCCGUGUUCCUAUUUCAAAUGGAUUUCAAUACGUUAGGGCGUUAAAGGAGAGAGGAGUCGAGGUUAAAGUCUUAGUCUUUCCUAAUGACAAUCAUCCUCUAGACAGACCGCAGACGGAUUAUGAAAGCUUUCUCAACAUUGCUGUCUGGUUCAACAAGUACUGCAAGCUGUGA